AUGUGGCGAGUGUUGGUGGUGGCUGUGCUGUGCGCGGCGCUGGCUGCUGAUGUGGCUCUUGCUGGCCCUGUCAAGGUGCUAGAGCCAGAAUCGCUGCAAGCAACGAUCCGCAAUGGCAAGAACUGGAUGGUGAAAUACUACGCGCCAUGGUGUGGCCACUGCAAGCGUAUGGCACCCGUGUGGAAGGAGUUUGCAGAAAAGAUGCACAAGAGCGAAGGAUCCGUGAACGUGGCCAAGUUUGACUGCACAAACGACAGAGAUGCGUGUUCACACGAGGGUGUCCGCGGCUAUCCAACUGUGCGCAUCUACCGUGCUGACGGCCGCAACUACACCUACUCGGGGCCCCGCACUGUGGAGGCGUUUGCGUCGUACAGCGAGUUUAUGACACGGGACCUUGUCACGCGCCUCAAGACGAAGAAGGAGGUGGAGGAGGUGGUGGCCAUGCCAGGCAUCUUCUUCGUUCGCGUGCUCCCGCGCGCCACAAACAAGGCUGCCGACAACGCAUACACAGCAGCUGCUGGCGACCUGCUUGCGCAGGUGAUGUGCUACGACCUCGACGCGUCCCUGCGUGAGGGCACCCCCCUCUCCACCGUCAGGCCAGGAGCGGUCGUGCGCAUGUCCGCCGGCACUCCGCUCGUGUACGACGGCAACGCCACAGACCACGCACAGCUCGUCAGGUGGAUGCAAGACCACGAGUGGGGCUCGUGCUUUGAGCUGACGCGCGAGACGGGAAACCGGUAUGCGGUGCUUCCGUCGCCCAAACCGCUCGCUGUCCUCGUCCUUGACGGCCGCAUGCAGACAGAUGACCUCGUCAACUCAUACAAGAAGGUUGCCGAGGCUGCCGGUACAGACGGCGUGUACCAGUUUGCAUGGGCCGUGUAUCAGAAGCUGCCGGCGCUGACUGCGGACGUGUGGGGACUGGAGGAGGGCGACUUGCCGGCGUUGGUCGUGCACAACGCGUCGGCCUCAACCUUCUACCGCGCACCCGAGCCACCGCUGCUCCCGCCGGCAUCCCCAGAUGCACCUUACACCAUCAACGCAACUGCAGUCACCACCUUCCUCUCAAGCGUCAAGGAUGGCAAGUUCGACCCCAUGACCGACGUUCAAGAACUUCGUGUUGUGGCGACGGAGCCGCCGCUUGAAGGGGCACAAGCGUCGUCGUAUUGCCUGAAGAAGAUGGACGGUCGAAUCGGUGCUGUUGAGCACUACGGACCAAGCGACGACGAGGAACACCAACAGCCGGCCACCAGAAAUGCAAGUGACCGCGAUGCAGCCCUCAAGCAAGGCAGUCGCCCCCAGUUCUUGACACCAUCCCCGGAGCUGCUCGGCGACGGUGAUAUUGAUGACGAUGGUGAUGAGUGUGGUGGUGACGAUGGUGAUGGUGACGACAUUGACGAUGCUGAUUAUCGUGAUGAGGAUUGGGGAAACUGCGUAGAGGAGGAGCCGCGGCAAGCUCAAAAUGAAGGGGAAGAGGAUUACCAUGACAAAGCAGCUGUUGUUGCAGGGGAGGGUAAGGAGGAUGGUGACGCGAAUGAAAACAGGCAAGACCAGCAAGGGGAACCGGAAUAUGCACAAGAGCAACAGCAGCGGGACAGAGGGCAACGUACACAAGGCCAGGAUCGAGCCAGUGAACAGAGGGCAGACAGCCGACAACAAGGGGAGGAUGGGCCUGUGACGAGGCAGGUUGAGUUGGUGGUGGUACCUGUGAGAGGCCGGCGAACACACGCUUCUGGAUUCAACACUGGUGCCCACGGCAGCAAGGAUGCUGCUCGCAGCGGUGGUGGUGGUGAUGACGGCAGCGGCACUGAAGACAGUCAAGAGCUGACAGACGCACAGAGCUCGCAGGCGCCGUACGAGGGUGAUGUCGACAGCUACGACGCAAGCAACUCGCUGGACGGCGAGCAAGAAGUCAGCACGGGAUUGCCUGCAGGCACACGCGACUUGCGCAUGCGGCGGCCAUCGCUGCUGGUGGAGGUGCCAUCAACGGAUGACCUUGUCAUGGAGGGGACAGCGCUUGUACCAACAACACCGACUGAGCCCUCCACACCGCGACACUUGCACGACACGAGCGAGCCGUCGAGUGGCAUCACCACUCCCUGGACCGACGAGCCCGACGACGGGUCUGGGCCGCCUCGCCGCCGCCGUCGUCGUCGUCGUGCUGUUCAACACGGGGACGCGCCAGCACCCCGCUUCACACAGGAGUACAUGCUGAAUGGCGAGAUGCUGGGGCGCGGGGCGUUUGCUGUUGUUCGCGGGUGUCUCAGCAAACGCACAUACAAACGCGCCGCCGUCAAGAUCAUCGCAAAGCGCUCGCGGUCACGCACAUCCGACGCGGCGAGCAUGACGGGGUCCACGGUGCCGAAACCGCUGCUGCCGUCGACGGGCCAGCGGCCGACCCGCGACCAGAUCAUGAGCGAGCGAGAUACACUGCUGCGAUGCAAAGGGCAGCCCAACAUUGUGCAGCUGCUUGACUUCUACGAGGACCGCGUGGCCUUCUUCUUCGUCUUUGAGCGGCUGGAAGGGGGCGACCUUCUCCAGCACAUCCGCCGUCGGAGCGCGUUCCUGGAGCGGGAGGCGUGUCUCGUUGCUCGGGACAUCGCCACUGGACUCAGCUUCCUCCACUCUCAAGGCAUUGUUCAUCGUGAUGUGAAGCCGCAAAACAUCCUGUGCCGCUCGAAAUCGCAGGUGAUACCAGCGAAGUUGUGCGACUUCAACCUGUCGUACAACAGCCAUUACAGCGGCUCCCACGACCACUUUCUCAUCCCGGCGGGCACGUUGGAGUACAUGUCACCCGAGAUGGUGGAGGCGCUGGAUGCGCGGACCGCAGCGCCGAACAGCCCGGCGACGGACGUGUGGGGUCUUGGCGUCAUCGUCUUUGUCAUCCUCUCAGGGCUGCACCCGUUUGUUGGGACACAUCGCAUUGCAAGUUUUGUGCAGGGAAAUCUUCGCGACAUGCGAGCGGAUGAGGUGAUGGAUGACAUUAUGGACAUCACGUACAGCACUGACGACGACGAGUGGGCGAUUGUGAGCCCGGAGGCGAAGGAAUUCGUGGCUUCCAUCCUCGUCUAUGAAGAGGAGCGCCCAACCAUUGACGAUGUGCUGGAACACCCGUGGAUGACCGAUGGGCAGGCGAACAAGACGCUCCUCGCAACACCACGCGUCCUCAGAGAGAGGGCGAUCCAGAACGGGCUGCAGGAGUUCAGCCGGCGCCUGGCGGCAGAGAAGCAGCGCAAGCUGUCGUACGUGUGUGAACCCCAACGCCAGCGCAGACCCUCAGACAUCACAUCGGUAGUGUCGCCAGUUGGUCCUGAGAAUGGCAAUCACAACGACGACGACGAUGGCGAUGGCGAUGGCGAUGGUGAUGUGUUUGUGGACGAUGGUGAUGACCCUCGUGCGCUGUCUCGCCCGCCGUCAUCAAACAACAGCUCAAGCCGCGCCACGCGCCCACAGACUCUCUCAUAG